GGAAAAUGUCUCUCUAUGAAUCCUAAAAAAAAGAGUUGAUAUGACCUCUGGUGUCUUCCUGGAGUCUCUGCACUGAGUGACACGAUCCUCCACCUUUCCUCUAUCCCAGAGUGUAAGAUUUGAGAAGACGAAAGACAAGAAAGUAGAGAUGAGAACAUUAGACCAUUUGCUGCUGUGGAGCAAUACGUAGAAUGGAAAACACAGAUAUUCCGUCCCGGAACCAGAAAACGGUCACAUCCUCAUUGGGUUUCUUAUGGAAGUUGCAUGGGAUCGUAACGUCCUCUCCAAGGGAUACGGAUAUAGAGGCUUCAUCUAUACUUUGCAGUUCUCCCAGACCUGGUAGACGGAGCUCCCUCCUCCCCCCUCUAUAGACUUGUACUGGCUUGUCUUGCAGACACAGGACAAAGGUGACUCGAUCUCUGGCCCCCGUCCAAUAGACCUUUAAGAUGGACCAAGAAGAUGGGGGUUUCCAUUCCAUGGGGGCCAUGUCAAUCAUUGGAGCGGAGGAUGAGGACUUCGAGAAUGACAUUGAACCAGUAAGGAAUGUGGAUGACCAGCAAAGUUAUUUCCAGAGUAUUGAGCUGGUAAAAGAUCACCCAGCUUACAUUAUGGUCUUUCUUCACCAUGCUGUUCUUCAGUUUGACCCAAGCCCAUUGCUCUGCUUCUUACAUGUGGAGAUGUUAAGAAGCCUUUCAGCCAAAGAGGGAAAGAAAUCCUUUACAGAUUUCUACAACACGUUCCUGAUGAAGGGCGCAGUUUUGCGCGUCCCGAUUCCGACUAACGUGUCCUUUGAACUGGAUCGCACAAGGUUAGAUCUUAUUCAAGACGAGACGCUGAAGAAGUAUUUAAGUGAGAUUCAGAGUCAUCAGAUCCCAGAGAUCUGCAGACAGCUGGAAGAUUUCAGGGCCAAACGGGUACUUGGUAUGACUCCUGGGGAGCAGGAGCUUAGAGAACUGGAGUCCUAUACGACCAAUGACAGAUAUAUAUUACAGUCCAAAGAAAAACAGCUGGCGGAACGUCUACUGGGGAAGCUGGAAGAUAUGCACCCAAACAUCUCUACGGACGAGGAGAAAAGUUCUGCCAUCGUCCAUGCCAUAGCUGCAUACAUGAAGCACAUCGGGGUGAAGACCAAGGCGGCGGAUAGCAAAAAGAAAAGUGGCUUUUUCAGGAAAAUGGUUUCUGCAAAGAAGCCAGAUGAGCCCAUGAAACCUAAGAAACCUUUCAGUAUCUGGAACCGUAAUGAGACUCCGCACAAUGUUGACACCAGAACCACAAAGGUUGAGGCUGAAGUCGACAAACCAGCCGUUCCGGAGAGAAAGAUCAGUCAUGGGCAGAGGACCUAUGACCGGAGUGACAGCAGCAACAUAGUAAAGCCUAAGAUGUCUAUAGACAGUCCUGACCCGGGAGUAUCGGUGACCAUACAUCCACCACCCAGUGACCCCAGUGACAGCGACACAGUGUCUGAUGGGACGUCCUCUUUUGAUAUUACAGACGUGUCCAAGGGUUCUCCAACAACAGAAUUCUGCCCGACAGAUCAACAAGAAGACAGUGCAGAGAACGACAGACGGAAGAAAAGGCAUUCUAGUAAGCUGGGGCGCUCAGAGAGCUUACGAGUUUACGAGCGCAAGCGUUCCCAGCGAGGUUCAGCCAAAGGCAAGCAGACGCGCUCUCGCAGCGAUGUGGAUCUGGAGGCUGCCGCCCGAGCCAACGACCUGCAGGUCUCGUCAAGCAAGUCAAAAUCAGGCAGUGCCACUCCUGAGCCUGGAGGGAGCGGAGAGGGUCAGCAGUCCUUUCUGCUUCCCCAGUCUGAGGAGACUGAGCCGCGCGUUUUGGAGGCCGAGAAUGACCCCCCAAACUGGAGGGAUCUCGUCCCCCCUGAAACACUCCUCAGGCUGAAGAAAAGCGAAAUCAAGCGGCAAGAGGUCAUCAAUGAACUGCUGUUCACUGAACACGCCCACGUGCGGAUGAUGCACGUGUUGCACGACAUCUUCUAUAUUCCCAUGAAGAAUGUCUGGAUCCCCAAUUUGGAGCUUGAGAACAUUUUUCCGAGUCUUGAUGACCUUAUUGAGGCACAUGCUUUGCUCUUGGACAACUUGAAGAAGCUGCGCUUGGAAAAUAACUCCAUCAUCCAGGAGAUUGGGAGCACCUUGCUGCAUCGGUUUGAUGGUACUGAAGGACUCUGGUUUCAGAAGAUCUCCUCAAGGUUUUGCAGUCGCCAGCCUUUUGCUCUGGAGCAGCUCAAGCAGAAGCAAAAGAAAGAUCCUCGAUUUACACAGUUCAUUCAGGAAGCAGAAAGCAAUCCACAAUGUCGGCGUCUACAGUUAAAGGAUAUUAUUCCGUUUGAGAUGCAGAGGUUGACCAAAUAUCCUCUUCUGCUGCAGAACAUCGCUAAUCUAACUGAGGAAGAAGAGGAGAAACAGCUGGUACAGAAGGCAGCUGAAUGUUGCCGGCAGAUCCUGAACCAUGUUAACACCGAAGUGCGAGAGAUGGAGAACCAAAUGAAACUGAUUGACUACCAAAGACGUCUUGAUGUGUCGAACUUAAAGCAGAGCAAUGACCCGCUGUUAAUGGAGUUCAAGAACAUCGACAUUACCAAGAAAAACCUUAUAUAUGAAGGAGCCCUUACCUGGAGGGUCAGUAAAGACAAGUCCGUCGAUGUUCACGUUCUUCUCUUGGACGACAUCUUGAUGCUUCUUCAGAAACAGGAUGAACGUCUAGUCCUGAAGUGGCAAAGUCGGACAAUCACCCCGGCUCCGGAUGGGAAACUCAUGCUGAGUCCAAUCAUUAAGCUCAACACCUCAAUGGCCCGGGAGGUGGCUACUGAUAAUAAAGCGUUCUUCGUCAUAUUCAAGUGGGAGGAUAGAGCACAGAUCUAUGAGCUGGUAGCACCUACCACAUCCGAGAAAAAAAUAUGGUUCUCCCUGAUCAGUCAGAAUACCGGUCGCCUGGAAAGGACUGCUUGUUUAAAACCAAGACCCUCAUACAGUAGUCCAGCCAUGCUUCCACAGAGCCCAAGCGACUUUAAUGAUCAAUUACUGGGAGGUUCGGAAAAUGGAGGCUCCAUGAAGGUGUCUGUAACAAAGGGCGGAAAGGAGGAAUCUCUUGAAGACGGGGGCUUAGGGAGUGAAGAGGGUUCUGCAGACCAAUCGUCAGAACAUCUCCUGGAAGAUGGCUUUCAGGCCUACAAACUGAGCACAGGAGGAAAUGUUGCCAGUGAAGCGCUAGAAGAAGUGUCGGUGUUGAAGAGGUUACUUGUACGUAAUAUCCGUCUAAGUCUGGAUGCCGAUUCUCUACCAAACCUCGACAGCUGGUCAGACAAUCCCCAGGACGAGACUAGAGUGUCGGCACAAACAGAGAAGACCACUAAUGGUGAUCAGGACGAAGAUGCUGCGGCAGAAUCUGACCGGGACGCCAAAGAGCAAGGUCCAAGAGAUGUCGGAGAGUCUCUUUGUGCUCCAAUCGUAUUAUCCCAAGAACAAUCGGAGGAAGUUAGAAGACGUAUCCUCCUACUGGAGCAGAGAGUGCAGCAGCUCAAGGUAAUAGAGGAGGAUUAUAUCCACCUACAGAGGACAGUUGCCAAACUUACUGUAUCCCAAGGAAGCUUUACAUGAAACAGGUCAUAUUUUUCAUAAAGAACCCCCUCAUGGUUAACUGUGCUACACACCCUGCCAAAAUCGAUGGUGACGCAACCUCCAUGGUGCUUCCGCCAGGAAAAGGAUGAUCAUCAGGGUGGGGAAGUAUGGGACGAAAAUGGACCGCCAGUCAUAGGAUGUGGGUGGGUGGGAGGCCUCUUGUUAUUAGAGGGGACCUGGUUAUAUCCUUUUUGGAUGACACACAAGUGCCUUAUUGCUUUUAUAACUUUUGAGGUUUUUUUUUUCAGGGACUGUCGGAGGGCUGGGGAGGGCUGCUGGAAUAUAUAUAUUCAGUGUUUUUUUUUUAAUAUAUAUAUAUAUAUCAGAUAUAGAAAUUCUUAUCGUAGCUGUACAGUAAAGAUAUCUUGUCUGCUUGCUAGACUUUUUUUUUUCCCCCACCUUAAUAAAGUUUAUAUAAAAUAAUAAAAAAACAAAACAAAAGGGCAAAGAAAAAAAAAAAGAAAAACCUCCUUUAACUCUAUGAGCAGUACGAGGUUUCUCUGUAGUGUGGAUGCUUGGAUAUGAAUGGGAUAAAGAAAGUGUGGAGGGAUUAAGGAUUUAAGGGGUUACAAGAUGAUUUAUGAAGACGAUGCAUUGGUAAGAGAGUUAGGGGGGAUUAGAUAUGACAAUUUUGGGGGUCUACAGCACCCAGCCAGAAGUUUUAGUUCUGCAAAAGCUGGAAAGACAACUAUUUAAUUGGAUAGUAGUCAUUAUUGGGCCCAGUCUACACAGCGGCUUUUAAUUGGGGCAUUACCAUUGGUCGCAAGUGGUCAGGAGUCUCCUUGUAGUCGUAGCCAAUGAGGGUGCAUUGGUUCUAUCAGCGCUCAAGUCCUGCAGGAACGUAGGGGAACAGCGUUCCUGCACUUUUUCAAUGGCAGGAACACUGUUCCCAUUAGCACAAGUCCUGCAGGACCAGCCCUUAAAGAGGUUAUCCAGGAAAAAAAACUUUUUUUUAUAUAUAUAUA